AUGGCAUUUGCCGACAAUCCAGAAUCCGAGAUCAAGUUGGAUUCGGUGCAAAGUUGUGGGCCUAAGUGUUUGAGUGCCUCCAGGGCCCCUCUGAAGCAGAGCGUGCCGCCCGCCAAGUUCGCCACCAUUGCCGAGCCUUGCGUGGAGCUCUGCUUCGUAGACUUUGUGAUUCAGACCGGCUUGGAUGCCGAGUGCAGAUGUGGCUUGCAUAUCUUGCAUGCUGCCCUCUUGAAUGAUGCACCAUGGUGGCAGCAUGCUUUUGCAGCCCUCGAGGCGGCCAAGAAAGAGGACAAGGCAAAUGUCAUCCACUUCAACGUGAUCCUGCGGAGUUGCCAGCAGGCGGAAGCUUGGGAAACGAGUAUCGGCGUGCUCGGCAGUUUUCCUGGACUGCGCAUGCAUCCAGAUGCUGUGAGCUGGACCGCAGUGAUGACUGGCUUGAAACCUUUUUGGAAGCUGUCUUCCCAUCUGCUUCAUGCCGCAGCGCGACGAGGGGCAACUGACAGCAUCACUUUUGGCGCUGCAUCGCUUGCCUUUGAAAGUGACGGUCUUUGGACCCGCUCCCUCGCCUUGCAGACCUACAACCAACAGGGAGGAGGCCUCUGCGAUGCCGUGCUCGUGGGUAGUGCCGCCAGCGCUUGUGACAAGGGCUGUGCUUGGGCCGUGCUGAACACCAUCCAUUCAAUUUUAUUUCAGGAGCGACAUCUGCUUCAGCGCUGCAACGAGUUCGUGCUCUCGUUCCUGGCAGUGGGACGUUGCCUUGGGCCUUCUUCAGAGCUCCGCUCGAAUGGGUUUCCAGACGAAAGCGCGGUGGCGAAGGCGGGUUCCUGGUCGGGAGCUUUGUCCAUUCUCAGGAUCUUCCAAGCAGGCCACGUCGAGCCUGACGCUGUGAGCCACAACGCCUGCCUCAUGUCGUUGAAGCCCAGAGGACGCUGGCAGGACGCGGCAGCCCUGCUCUCUGCCAUGCAGCACAGCUCAGUGCCAGUGGGAGAUGUGAGCAUCAAUGCAGCCCUGGCCGUCCUUUGGGAAGCAGGUUGCUGGCCUGGCAGUUUGACUCUGCUGCAGCAUCGGCAGGUCGCUGAUAGGCCUGUGGGAAGCGUGCGACUGCCGACGUUGCGCUCGAUGGAUGGAAUUCGCUUGCGGGAGACGCUGUCACUGUGCGAGCAGGCUGCGUUGUGGGACUUGGCGCUUGACCUGUUGCAGUGGCAGGCCAGGAGACUUCGGUAG